AAGUACUUAAACCCUUACCACAUAAAAUGGAAAAUCAUAUUAAAUUUAUAUCUUCAAAUUUUUUACGUUAUUAAAAUAUAUAUGGUAUAUACAUAUUAUUACAUGACGGAAUUCGAACUUUGGCAAUCAUAUCUAAAGUCAACAAACGUCAAAAAAUUGUGUACGUGUUGAUGAAACGCAAACGACGUAAUAACAAAUUGAAGAAAUCUCAAAAGCAUCAGAAACGAGUACAAAGACAAGAAAGAAAUUUUCAAUUAAUUUUUGGUUUUUUGAAAAAUUUUGCAUUAUAAUUUAUAUUUUGUUAAUCGUGUACCCAAAACUGGAAAUAUUUAUGCACAAGCCAAAACGUUCAGAAUUAUUUUUUUGAUGGUAAAAAUAUAGUUGUAAGACUGCAGUUAUUGCUAAAUAAAAAAAUAUAGUAAAAUAUAUAGAUAUCCUCCGAAAACCGAAUUUGUUUACGUAACCUAUUCUUCCAAAACAUGAACUUAUCAUCAUCUUCCAAUCGUGACAUGUCUCGGGCAGACUCCCAAACACCACCAUCAAGUGCUAGAAAUAAAAGUAAAGGACAACUCAAUGACACAUCACUAGGUGGCAGUAGCAUAUAUGACAGCGCCUUGGAGAAUCUCACCGCGUAUACAUCUUUUGACGAAAGUGCCAAUGACAAUUCACAUCUUAACGUAUCCACCGAUUCAACAUUAAACGGCAGCGAUUCACUUCGAUAUAACACAACCACCGGAUCAUGCAGUUCUACUGCCACUCGUGAUUUGAAUAAAAACAUUAGCGCCAGUGUGCUGUUAAUACAGUCGGAGAGCACAGAGACAAAUACAUCACAAGAAGAAGUUGAUCCAAAAUCCCAACUAGCAAAUAAGACAAUAUUUAAAACGGAUAAUCCAGAUUUGUCAAUUAUAGAAAUAAGUGAUAAUUCAAUUAAAGAACAGGAAGCUGGAAAUUCCUUUUUCCUAAUAGAAUCUAAUGAUGGCAGUGUUGGUGGGGCGAAACAAAAGAUUUCUCCUUUAAAAACUGCCGAAUCUUCGGAGAAUCGUCGUAAAAAAGCUGAAACACUCAUUCAAUCCAGUAAACAAAAACUAAACGUAGAAGUAGCUGAGGCAUUUGCUGCUGAAUCCAAAGCGGCUAGUGGUGAUACAAAUGCCAUUGAUGACGCGGUGCCCCAAGAAACACGGCCCGCCACCAAGCGUGAAAUAAAAAUAUACGAUACCAUAGAAGAGUUCGAAAAGAAUUUGCCGUCGACGGUAACAGUGCUGGACACACCGUUCGGAAGCAGAGUUUAUUUGGUGGGCACAGCUCACUUCAGUGAGGAGUCGCAAGAUGAUGUCUCUUAUGUUAUACGUAAUGUCCGUCCAGAUGUGGUAAUGGUUGAACUCUGUCCGUCACGUGUACAUAUAUUGAAACUUGACGAAAAAACACUGUUAGAGGAAGCUAAAAACUUCAAUUUCGCUAAGAUACGUAGCAUUAUACAGACACACGGCUACAUUAACGGCGUUUUCUUCAUCCUAUUAUUGCAAAUGAGUGCACAAAUUGCCAAGGACUUGGGCAUGGCGCCGGGCGGCGAAUUUCGACGGGCAUUCGAAGAAAUACACAAAAUUUCCGGUUGUAUGCUUCAUCUCGGCGACCGACCUAUACGCAUCACCUUACAUCGGGCGCUGCGCGCACUCACUUUAUGGCAGACAAUGAAAUUGGUAUGGCGCCUCACAUCCACCGACACCAUAAGCAUCGAAGAGGUGGAAGAAUGUAAACAACGCGAUUUGCUCGAAAAGCUGAUGCAAGAGAUGGCUGGAGAAUUUCCAGAGUUCUCGGAAGUAUUUGUAAAGGAGCGUGAUAUAUUUCUUUGCCAUUCCUUGCAGCUGGCAGCUUUACCACAAAUGCCAACCGAUGGCUCCGGUAUACCACGCCCAGUGCGCGUUGUUGGCGUUGUAGGUAUUGGACAUGCUAAUGGCAUUGCGGAAAAAUGGGGAAAAGUAGACCCAUCGUGCAUACCAGAGAUCAUGAAAAUACCACCCAGCCGCUUAAGUACACGCCUUGCUUGGUAUUCAUUUCAAGCUUCACUUUACAGUCUCCUACUGUACCAAGGGUAUAGGAUUUUAAAGCCAUGCUUAAAACGUUUAUUUUAAUUGCUUUUCAAAGUGAUGAUAACUGCUGUGUGAAAAUCAUUAUCGAUUAUAUAUAUAUGUAUAUAUAUAUUUACAUAUACCUAUGUACAUAAAUGGUAUAACGGCAUCAAAUUAAUUGGAAAGCACCAUCUUAUGUGUUGCCCACGCAAUUAUGUCAAUGAUCAGAAAGAAAGAAUUGAUGUUUUAAGUUAAAAUUAACAUAUUUAUGUAAGAUACGGUGAACUUUCAGCUGUGUGAUCGUUUGCAUACCUAUGUAUGUGCUACAUACAAAGCAUAGAAACAGUUCCAUAUAAAUAUUUUCAUUUAAUUUAAUUAAAUCGCACAAUGCAGUAACAGGAUAAUAAAAAAUUAAAGGUUUUCAAAGGCCGCAUAACCGUUAUUGAGCCGCAUUAAAAAUAGUAAAACAUUCGUUCAAAAGUAUAUAUAAAACAUAUGUUGUACAGAAAUGCUAAAAAAAUGUGUGAUUGAAACUAUCAAAAUUAAAAUACAUAAAAUAAGUGCAGAAACUAAGCAAAAAAAAAAAAUAUAUAAAGGGGAAUAAUCAAAAAAAAAAAAGAACACAAAUACUUGCUAACUGUAGAUUUCGAAAUGCAUCCGCAGAUCAAUAAUUUUUAGAUGUGCCCCAGGCAAAUUGAUAUUUACGCCAUGUGUAUAAAUAACCAAAACAAAAAAAAACAAAAUUGCAAGGCCAGUUAGUCUCGGUUUUACAAAACAUUGCAUCUAUCAGUCCAACAUUCCCAGUAGUAAAAUGUAUUAUCGUUUAAUUUUCCAAACACGCCGGAAAUUUUAAAGAUCACAUUUUAAAAUCAAUGUAGACCCUAGAAUAUAACAUAUACCUAUAUGUAUGUAUUUAUUUUUCUUUUGUGUAGUUUUAAACUGUUGUAUAAGCAUAGAUGUACGCUUGUCUGUAUUCUGUAUUGUAAAAAUGUAUAAAUACAAACCGAUACAAAAGCACAUAUAUAUGUACAUAUGUCAUAAAAUA